UUAAUAUUUAUUUAAUUGAAGAUUAAUUCAACAAUUAAAGUAUUAAUAGUAUAAUUAAAUAGGUUUAAUAUAUAAAUUUAUAGUUUUAGACAUAUGAAACCCUAGAAUAUGUCUCAUUCUAUUUCGUUUGGAAUGUAACAAUAGUUGGGCAGUUUCAUGAAAGAUAGUUCCCAAAGCAAUAAAUAGUGCAAUUAAUCAUCUUAGUUUGUAGUAAAAUAGAAUUAGCAAAAUGAUAGCUUCUAGAUUGAUUCUCAAUAGCUCUUGACGUUUUAGAGCAGAAAUCAAAAUCAAUCAGACAUACAUAAAGCUUCUAUUUCUAAGCAUCAAAGAAAUAUUUCUCAACCAAUUUAAUAAGUGAAUCCACCUCUCACAAACGAAGACUCUAGUUUUAUCAAUUAAGAUGCUUCUAUGGAAGAGCAACAGUUCGAAAACAAUUCUUUGGAUAAAACAAAUAGAAGCUUAGAAUAAAUUAAUAUAACAAAUAGAAAUGUUGGAAAUAUUUCCCCUUUACUCAAAGGAGAGAACCUUUUUUAAGAUUAUAUGUAAGAAUUAAAAAAUUACAAAGAAACAUUCGAACAAUACAGUUAAAGCAAAAAUCGUGUAAAUAGCAGCCAAGAAGACUCUUUUACUGAAAAAAGUAACUAAAUAUCAUAAAAAUAACAAGCAAUUGAUAAUUAGUAAUAGAAUUUCUCAUCAAACAUUUAAAAAUAAACUGUGAUUCAAUAAAUAAAUAGAAUUCCAAAAAUAUUGUCUGUCCAUAGCAAAGAUGUAGUAAAGACAUAAAUUGAGAGGCCAAGAACUCUUACACCACCAGUUCGAAGCCCAUCUCAAUCAAAAACAGCUUAAAAACCUAAUCUCUCUCUAUUGUUUUAACAAAAUGCUUCUCCAAACAAAAACAAAUCAUUUACUUAUGGUGAAAAUAUAAGUUGUAGUCCAAUUUUAGGUAUUGCUAAAGUAAGUAGCAAUUAAAUUACUAGCGCUAAUAUUUUAAAUAAUCCUACUCAUGUAAAAGCAGAGUCUCCAAAAGUUCAAAAAAAUAUUUUACAAGCAAAUAAUUCAUAAGCAAAUAUAAUCAAUAAUUAAAACCUGAAUAAACAAGAUAGUUUAAAUAAUUUAAGUCGUGUAGUAUGUAGUAUUAAUAGCAGCAGUGUUUAAAAAACAUCCUCCAAACUCAAAAAUGUAAAUGGUGAUUAACAACAAACUGACUUAGAUAAUAGCCAAUCUAGUAGUAUUUAUUAAACUAAUAAAAGUAAUUUAAAUACCAGCAAUAACAAUUUUAUCUCUAAUAAGCCUAUUAAUGUAUUUAAUCAAGGAGAAAAUUGUGAGAAUAAUUCUAAUUUAAUAAGCCACUCAAAUAAUGGAAAAAUAAUCAAUGUUACCUCUUCCAUAAAUAGUAGUUUUAGCAAAUAAUAAAACGAUUAUAACUAUUAGACUAAAAUUCAUAAAAACGAUCCAAAAAUUGAAUAAUAAAAGAGUUCCAAUUUAUUUUCAACUCCUAUAAAAUCUAAUAUCAACCAAAAUUAGCAAGGCGGUUGCAAUUAUGUUUAUAAUUCUCAUUCUAAGAGCUCUCCUAAUUAGUAAUAUCUGUAUUCUACAGCUACGACUAAUACAGCAAAUUAAAUUACUACCAAACAAAACAAUUCUUAUAAUAGCAACAAUAACAAUUAAGAAUAAAAUAAUAGGCUUGACUAAUAUACAAAGCAUUCAGAUUGCUCAAUUGGUUAAAUAGAAUUCUAUAAACAAAAAAUAGAUGACCUAGCUCAACAAUUAAAAGAAAAGGAUCAAUUUAUUAAUGAAUUUGAUAACAUUAAAAGCGAAUUCUUCACGUUGAAAAAGUUGCUUGAAUAAAAAGAUUAAGAUAUGAAUGAACAAAAAAAUAAAUUUAACUAUUAAAUGAAAAUGUUUUAAGAUCUCUAAAUUGAAUGCAGUACUUUGAAUAAUAUAAACAAUAUUCAAAAAAAAUAGAUCGAAGAUUAAUAAGAAAUUAUAGUUCAGUUAAGAAAAUAAAUUAAUAAAAACUAAAACGAAAGCAUUUCCUUUAAUUUAGAGAACUAAAAUAAUUCUCAUUUAGUUGAGGUAAACAAUUUGAAGCAAAGCAUAUUAAAUAAAGAAGAGAUUUUGCAAACAUUAAGGGAAAAGACUAAUUAAUCUAAAGUUUUAAUAGAUGAGCUGCAAGAAGAGUUGAAUAAGUCAAGAUAAGAAAACAACUUGCUAAAUAACUAAAUAAAAAUUAGUAUUUAAGAGAAUAAUGAAUUAUAACUUAUGGUGGACGAUCUCUAAGCAUAGGUUGCCGCCUUUUAAAGUGAGAAAAAAGAUCAAAAUCAAAAAUAACACAUCAAUAAUAACUUAGAAAAAGUAAUUAAUUAGUAAAAAGAAGACAUCACAUAACUAAAAUCCCAAGUAGAUGAAAAAUCAAAAUAGCUUUCUCAUACUCUUAGUGAGAUCUAAAAUCUCCUAAAAGAAAAUUCAAAUCUUAAUGAAAGAUACAAUGAUGCUACUUCCUAGUUAAUUUAGAAAAGCUAAAUGCUUAAUCAGAUGGAAUCUAACCACAGAAGAGAAAUGGACUAACUUUAAUAAUCAAUUAAAAAUGAAUGUACUUUAGAAAUUAUGAAAGAGAUUUAAAACAUCACAAAGCCCUUAAUAGAUGAAAAUAAGCUACUGAAUGAAGAAAUUACAAGAGAAAAGCAAAAAGUAGAAAUGCUGAUGAAGGAAAGAAGUCAAAUUCAUAUGAGUGAAAUGCUUGUUAAAAUAAAUGAGCAUAAAGACAGUGCUUAAAAACUACAAAGUGUAUUUGAUUAAAAAAUCAGCAGUGCAUUAGAUUCGGAUGAAGUAGCAAAAUUGUUUAUAGAGCAGCUAAAACAUGAAAAUAGAGAAUUAAGGAGAAAUUGCGAUAUUUGGAAAGCAAAAUAUAAAAAGAUUCAAAGAGAAAUGAAAGAAGUUAAUGAGCAAUUUGAUGAAUACACUAAAGUUAUGACAGCUAUGAAGAAUCUACAAUCAAAAAUGUAGGACAUGACUAACUCGUUAUACUGUUCUUAAUCCAAUCCUUCUUCAACACAUUAAUCGUUUGUUUAAAACAAAGAAAAAAUAAAUUCAAAUAGUAUUUUAUUUAGUGCUUCUAAUAACAAUAAUAAUAAUAAUUAAAGUAGUGGAAACAAUUUAAUGAGCAAUCUUAUAACACAUGUUAAUAGUAGUAAUAGCAAUAAUAAUAUUAAUAAUAUAAGCAAUGGGAGUUAGCAAUCAUCUCUUACUUAUAAGUAUUAAAAAAAUAAAGAGGAGUAAUCAAAUCAAAAAGAAAGUCAUUAAUUUGCUCAACUUAGGUAAGAAAAUCAUAAAAAUUAAGAAUAAGAAGCAGCUCACUCUAUGAUUGAUACAUUAGAGGGAUAUGAUUUAUUUGAAUAGCAGUUAAAAGAAGAAAUUAUUUAAGAUAUAAAUAGAAUGUAAAAUAGUUUUAAUUAAUCGCAAAAUAGAGAUGAAUAAUUAGAAUAUGUUACACAUAACGAUAAAUUGAGUUUAAAAUAAGUAGAAAUUAAACUAACUUCUGAAGGAACUAAAUUUGAUAAAUAGUAAAAAGUAAAUUCUACUUCUCACUCACCUAGCUUGCAAAAACCUACAUUAACUAUAUAAUUUGAAAAAAGCUAAAAGAAUAAUUCUCAACAAGUUGGAAAACCUCCAUAAAGCAGCAAUAGAGACUAAAUUGUUUUGUGUAAUUAAAAAUAUCUUUCAGGAUAACAGAGUAAUUAAAAUUCAAUCAAAAAGCAAGAACCUGUUAACUAUUCAAACUACGUCUUGAAAACAGGAUAAAAAUAAAGCGAAUUAUAAGAUUAUUAAGAAAAUGAUAAUUAUUACUUCUAGCAUAACGAAAAAAAAUAAGAUUAAUAAGAGCUAAAUGAAAUUGAAAAUAAUAAAAAUAAAUAUUACAUUUGUGAUUCUGAAAAAAAUUCACCUGAAAGGUCAAAGUACUAAUAAGAUAGCUGUCUGUAUUCCUAAGAAGGUAAUGCUACCUCUCAAUAAGAAAGUAUCAUUGCAGCAACAAACUAAAACACUCCCAACAACAAAAAUAACCAUAAUUAUUCUAACUAAGCUAAUUGUUCUACCUCGACUUAGCAGUUAUCAAUUGAAAAGAAAAACAAAAGAAUUAAAUCUUUAGAUAACAGAGAAUUAAGAUUAAUUUGCCACUCGGAUGACGAAGAAUAUUAACAAGAAUAAAAAUAGUAAGAGAAGUAACAGCCAAAAUAUAAUUAAUAAACCAGCAUAAAAAAACCUUAAAUAUAAAUUUAUAAUAAUGAUAAUAUUUUCAUAGAAGAGGAAGUAGAUUAAGAUGUAGAUUAUUCAUAAUCAAGUGAAGCAAAUCAGAGCAACCUAAAUGCCGAGAGAUAAAAUGCCAACAAAAAUUUGAAAAGUUUAUAGCCUCCUUUGCCAUAAUAAAUAAAAAAUAUGCAUUAAAAAGCUAAUAAUGGUAGAAAUCAAAGAAAUGCUGAUGAAUUUUCAUUUAAAAAUCCUUCUCAUACUGAGCAUGAAGAAAAUAAUGACUAAUUAAGCAGUCAAUAAUCUUUGAAUGCUCAACAAAAAUAGAAUUUUGAUCAAAAAUUGAAUUAGCUAAAUCAGUAGAGUGGAUCUGAUUCUGAAAGCUAAAAUCAAAGAGGUGAUUCGAAUGCAAAUAAAUAUUCUUGUAUAAGCUCUCUAAACAAUAUGGCAUGCAUCGAAAGUAUCUAACUAGAUUAAGAUAAUGCAGAAAUACUAAAAUAAAUGAGAGAGUUAGAUAAAAAAAUACAAAAAGAAAAAUCUACUUAUGAGAAAUAUCUGCAAAAAUGCUCUAACUUCUCAUCAGACACAGACAAUGACAAAAGUGCUGAAAUUUAGUAAAAUCAGAAUUAUUCAUAACUUAAAGAAGUAGAUGAUCCUAAUAAUAAAACAACUAAAGAAUUAACAGCUAUGCUUACUGCAUUUGAUCUUUAAUUUGAGCAUUUGUAGUAAGAAAAAUUAAGGAUUUUAAACAACUUCAAAAGUAAAGAUUCUUAAAAAACUUCACCUCUUUAAGCACAGAAAAAUUAUAGCUAAGAUUUUGAAGAAAAUAUCAGUAAUAAUUCAACUGAUUUUAAAAUUCAGUAUAAGGAUACUUAAAAUUUGAUUAGAACUCCUCCACCAGCACCAUCAGCGUCUAAUCAAAAAUCUAAAUAUAUUUUCAAUACAAAAUAGCCGUCUUCUCUAACAAAUUCAGAAAAAAGUAACGAUAAUUAGAACGAAAUAGAUGUUCUAAGAAAGAGAUACUAACAAACAGUACAAAGUAUCUUAGGCAAUGAUAGAGGAUUAGGAUAAAAGCAAAAGAGCUAAGCUGAAAGUGUUUCAUAAGUUAAUCCAAAUUAAAAUUCUUAAAAUUAUAAUACUAAUUAAACUUAAGUAUCAUCUCACAGAGAAAGUUAAUGA